GGCACGACCCAACCUUGAGGUGACUCAAUAAAAUCAAACCUGUCUUUCUGUCUCAAUUUUGCCUUCUGCUUGGUUUUCUCGACCCCCUUGUCUGACUGCCAAUUUCGCCGGCCUGCACACGUCCUAGCAAGGCACGAGACACACUCCAGCACCUGGACCGUCGAGCGGUCGAACAUGGCCCUCGGGAACGAGGCCGUCAACACGUCCAAGUCUGUUGAAGGAGGAAAGGGAAAAAUGAUGCCUGGCGAGGAAACGGUGCAAGUCCAUACAUCAAAUCCUUCGCCGGACCUGAAUGACUUCGAUUGCGAGAAGCAUGGCGCCAACAUCGAGUCGGACCCGCUGCCCCAGCUCAAGCGUAAGCUGAGAAGUCGGCAUUUGCAGAUGAUCGCUAUCGGAGGUACUAUUGGCACUGGCCUCUUUAUCGGUAGUGGUACUGCUGUCGCCAACGGCGGACCAGUGGGAGCUCUCAUUGCUUAUGCCUUCGUUGGUACAAUCGUAUAUUCGGUCAUGACCUCUCUGGGAGAAAUGGCAACAUAUAUUCCGAUCCCGGGAGCUUUCACGGCUUAUGCUGCUCGCCUCGUUGAUCCCAGUCUCGGCUUUGCUAUGGGUUGGAUCUAUUGGUUUUCUUGGGCCUCGACUUAUGCGCUCGAGCUGACAGCAACGGGGCUUAUCAUUCAAUUCUGGGACGAUAGCAUCAAUAUAGCCAUCUUUAUCGCCAUCUUCUGGGUUGUCAUAACGCUUCUCAACUUCCUGCCGGUCAGCUUUUAUGGCGAAUUAGAAUUCUGGCUUUCAAGUGUCAAGAUCAUUACCGUCAUUGGAUUUAUGAUCUUCGCGAUUUGCAUUGAUGCAGGCGCUGGCAAAGAAGGAUACCUUGGCUUUCAUUAUUGGGUUCAUCCCGGGCCGUUUUCUCCUUACAGUGGAGUUUCGCCCGAUUCCACUGCCAAAUUUGUUGGCUUCUGGUCCGUCCUCAUCCAGGCCGGGUUUGCCUACCAAGGAACUGAAUUGGUCGGUAUUGCAGCCGCGGAAACCGAGAACCCCCGCGAAACCGUGCCGGCCGCUAUCCGCAAGACCUUCUAUCGCAUCUUAUUCUUUUUCGUUCUUACAAUCUUCUUCAUCGGUAUUCUUGUGCCAUACACGAACGAUGACCUUCUCACCGAUGGUAGCGACGCCAAUUCUUCGCCAUUUGUCAUUGCUGCCAAACUUGCAGGCGUUCGUGUACUGCCACACAUCAUCAACGGUGUAUUACUCACUGUGGUUCUUUCGGCUGCCAACUCGAACGUUUAUAGCGGCAGCCGUAUCUUGAUUGGACUGGCACAAGAAGGAUUUGCUCCCCGUUGGUUCAAAAUGACUUCGAAGAAAGGUGUGCCUUUUUUCAGCGUGGCGUUCACCUCAGCUUUUGGUUUUCUUGGAUUCCUGAAUGUAUCAAAUUCCGGCAGCACUGUCUUCAACUGGCUGGUCAAUAUCGCCGGUGUUGCAGGUUUCAUUACCUGGGCCUCAUUGAAUGGCUGCCAUCUCGCCUUCAUGCGUGCUUUGAAGGCCCGGAAUAUUUCUCGCGACACUCUUCCAUAUAAGGCUUUGUGGCAGCCAUAUUAUUCCUGGUAUGGACUGUUCUUCAACGUUCUAAUCAUCAUCACCCAGGGCUUCACCGCGUGGAUUCCUUCCUUCGAUGUUACGAGCUUUUUCACUGCCUACAUCAGCUUGAUCCUCUUCGUUGUACUUUACCUCGGUCACAAGAUUGUCUAUCGGACUUCUUUCGUUCACCCCUUGGAAGCUGAUAUCGACACGGGCCGGUUAGAAGUUGAGAAUGAGACAUGGGAGACAUCUGCACCGAGAUCCAGCAAGUGGUACAAAAAGGCUUUCCACGCCGUCCUCGGGUGAUAUGGACUUGGACUAGUUCAUUGACUUGAAGUGUUCUGUUUCGAGCACAGGCGACCUUAUUCCGUUCUUGCCGGUCAAGGUGUCUCAAGACCGAUUUCUUUGCCUAUCAUUAACUCAUGGCCCAUACAUAUUGAAAGUUUCAUGCACAUAUAUAUUCAUCAGGAGUUUCGCUUGCAUUGGGAAGACAAGCAGGGUCACACGUGCUAUUCAAUGAAGGUUGAAAAUCGAUAGGGGGAAAAGCCCUUAGAGCUCGCCGUCGGCUUAUGCUGCAAAGCUUAUUUG